AUGAGCACCCGCGACGAUCAGCCAUCGGAAUCGGCGAACGCCGGCGGCGAGCAGGUCGUCACGCCUUGGGACGUCGCGGGAGGCGCCGACGGCAAGAUCGACUACGCCAAACUCGUCAACGAGUUUGGAUGCUCCACCAUCGACGACGCGCUUAUCGCCCGCAUCGAAAAGGUGACGGGCUGCCGCGCGCAUCCCUUCCUCCGCCGCGGCAUGUUCUUCGCCCAUCGCGAGCUCGACCAGAUCGUCACCGCGUACGAGAAGGGGGAGAAAUUUUACCUCUACACCGGCCGCGGGCCGUCGUCCGAGGCCCUGCACCUCGGCCACCUCAUCCCCUUCCACUUCACCAGGUGGCUCCAGGAGGCUUUCAAGGUGCCCCUCGUCAUCCAGCUCACCGACGACGAGAAGUUCCUGUGGAAAUCCCUGAAGCUCGAGGACGCCAGGCGGCUGGCGCGGGAAAACGCCAAGGACAUCAUCGCGUGCGGAUUCGACCCCAGGCGCACGUUCAUCUUCUCCGACGUCAACUAUAUGUGCACCCCGUUCUACCUCAACGUGCUGAAGAUCGCCAAGUGCGUCACGUUCAACCAGGCGCGCGGCAUCUUCGGCUUCUCCGGCGAGUCCAACAUCGGCCAAGUCGGCUUCCCGCCCACGCAGGCGGCGCCCGCGUUCCCCGACUGCUUCCCGCACCUCUUCGGCACCGACAAGAAGUCGCUUCGAUGCCUCAUCCCGUGCGCCAUCGACCAGGACCCGUACUUUCGCAUGACACGCGACGCCGCGCCCCGCAUCGGCGGGUACAAGCCCGCUCUCAUCGAGUCUCGAUUCUUCCCCGCGCUGAAGGGCGAGAGCGGAAAGAUGUCCGCGUCCGAUCCCACGUCCGCCAUCUACGUCACGGACACCCCGAAGCAGAUCAAGGACAAGGUGAACAAGUACGCGUUCAGCGGCGGGCGGCUCACGGUCGAGGAGCACAGGGAGAAGGGCGGCGACUUGGAGGUGGACAUCAGCUGGAAGUGGCUCAAUUUCUUCAUGGACGACGACGACAAGCUGAGGACGAUCGGCGAGGCGUACGGCAGCGGCGCCAUGCUGAGCGGCGAGAUCAAGAAGGAACUCGUGGAGUGUCUCACGCCCAUGAUCGUCGCGCACCAGGAGGCCCGGGCGAAGGUCUCGGACGCCGUCGUCGACCAGUUCUUCAGCACGGCGCCCCGCGAUUUCGACUCGAUGUUCGGCGAGCUCGUCGGAGACGCCCCGGCUCCCUCGGAGGGCCCGGUGUCGUUCCAGGGCGGCGAGAACCUCGUGGCGAGCAACGCUCCGGUUCCCGCGGUCGCCGGCGGCGAGGGGAAUGAGGGUGACGACGCCGGCGCGGCGGCGGCGGGGGGCGACCAGCCGCUGUCGAAAAGCGAGCUCAAACGCAUCGCCAAGGAGAAGCAGAUUGCGGAGAAGAAGGCGGCCAAGGCGGCGGAGAAGGCCGCCAAGGCUGCCGCGGCGGCGCAGUGA